GGAGAAGAUAGGGGCGAGUGUGAGCCUCUGGGUUCCCGGAGGACUCGGGGGCUGGCCGUGGUUUGCUCCCAGACACUCCAUCUGCAGAGGCAUGUCCUCUCCGCACUUCUAUCUGGUCCCAUUCAGCUCCCCACCCUUCCUCUGAGAGCUCGGUGGGGUGCAUGGCAUCAGGCAGGAUGGCCCUGGCCUCCCGGAGAGCUUCACGGUCUCAGGGGAGAGAGGAGGGCUUCCAGUGUUUGGCCUGGCUCCUCGCAGCCGGUUCCACCUUGUCCCCCACAGCUGAGAAGGUGAGCUCCCUGGGAAAGAACUGGCACCGAUUCUGUCUGAAAUGUGAGCGCUGCCACAACAUCCUCUCCCCCGGCGGGCAUGCAGAGCACAAUGGAAGGCCAUAUUGCCACAAGCCAUGCUAUGGGGCUCUGUUCGGACCCAGGGGGGUAAACAUUGGUGGUGUGGGCUCCUACCUGUACAACCCCCCUACUCCCACUCCUGCCAGCACCACUCCCCUCAGCCCCAGCAGCUUCAGCCCCCCCAGGCCAAGAACUGGCCUCCCUCAAGUCAAGAAAAGCCCUCCCCACAUGAAGACAUUCACUGGGGAGACCUCUCUGUGUCCUGGCUGUGGGGAGCCCGUCUAUUUUGCUGAGAAGGUGAUGUCAUUGGGCAGAAAUUGGCACCGGCCCUGUCUGAGGUGCCAGCGUUGCCGGAAAACCCUUACCGCUGGGAGUCAUGCUGAGCAUGAUGGCGUCCCCUACUGCCACAUCCCCUGCUAUGGUUACCUGUUUGGCCCCAAAGGUGUGAACAUUGGCGAUGUGGGCUGCUACAUCUAUGACCCGGUGGAGAUAAAAUCCAAAUGAGAUACUCACAGGAGAGCUCGCCCUAACUCAGGCUCCCACCAUCCCCUCCAUGGUCCCGUAGGCGCUACAGCCCCGUGGGGGUGAGGGGAGGUGGGAUCCUGGAGGCCUGGGCCUGUGCUCCAUGGUAGGACAGUGUCUAGACUUCCUCUCAUGCUUACCUUUCCAGUGCCUAUCUGGUUAGGGGAUAUAGACCACCCCAGUUUGAAGGGAGCCCCUUGGCCUUCCAAAUUCCUUUCACCAGAAAAUUCUGGAACUUUAAGGUACUCAAAACAUUGUGUUUAUUGAGUCUUAGGCUCUCUGGCUUCUCCAAUAAAAUGCUGGUUCCCAUACUUCAACUUUUCUUUGCCGUGAGCCCUAGACAGUAGGUUAGAGGGUGGGGAGUGAGGGAGUGGGGAGAUACACUGUCCUGCAGAGCACCUGCAUGAGAACUAAAAGCUCUGUUCUCCUGGUGCCCCGUGCCUGGCAUUGGUAGCCCCUGGCUCCACACAGUGGACAGUGCACCAGCCUUGUUGGUGCCAGAGGUCAUCACAGGGCAGUCCUUUCUUUAGCACCACCACUAAAAGAAGCACCUUACUCAGCAUCUCAUUUGAGCAGACAACAGAUACUACGAUACAGGCUGUCAAGAGGCUUCAUUAUCCAUUUGGGAGAAGAACAGACUGAGACUCAGAGAGGGAAAGUCAUAUGUUCAAGGUCA